CUAACUUUUCUGAGCAAGUAGUUGAAAGCUUUCCAUCUGAUAUCUCCACUGGUAUAUACUAUGGAUGGGCCUGUGUUGGAAAUGGAGAUGUGCAUAAAAUGGUUUUGAGCAUAGGAUGGAAUCCUUUCUAUAGGAAUAUUAAGAAAUCAGUGGAAACGCACAUUAUCCACACGUUCAAAGACGACUUCUAUGGAGAAAUUCUUAGUAUAGUCAUAAUUGGAUAUAUUCGACCGGAAAAAAACUUUGAUUCCUUAGAGGCGCUCAUUUCAGCAAUUCAGGAAGACAUUGAAGAAGCAAAAAGACAGCUAGAUUUGCCAGAACAUCUUAAACUCAAAGAAGAUAACUUCUUUCAUCUGCCAGAAGGCAAAAUAGCGAACAACCACUGA